UUCUUUGCAAAAGAUUUUUCAAGGGGAGCUAGUCACAUUCUUAAUUUGAAACCUGUCUCUUUCUCCGGUUUCAGGUGUAUUUUAAAUAUAAACUUUCUGUAUUGUUCGUCCUUUGUACUUUUGAUUUUGAAAACAUUGGGCAAGGAAAUGUCUGGUGAGGGUGAUAAAGAUGUUAUUGAAGCCAAAAGAAUGAAAUAUUCAGAUGGGGAAGGAAGUCAGGUUCUGAAAGAUUUUUCAGUGACCAAAAUUCUAAAAGAAGACUCCAAAGUCAAGUUGAUGGCCAUUCAUGGUAAAUUUGAAGGAGCGAAUGAUGAGGCAGUUUUACUUCUCGAAAAACUACCAUUUGCUCCCAAGACAGUCAAUGCCAUGCUUACAGGUUCCAAUUUGCACGAAACAUUAAAGAAUGAUAUUUACAGCACAUAUGAAGCGAUUUCUCCGCCAUCAUUUCCCGGAUACAAAACAACAAUGAUAUAUCCGGCCACGGAGAAACACAUCGCCAAAUAUUCGGAACAGGAUGUAUUUGUUGUUCAUGAGACAAAAGAACUAUAUUCAACGGUUACUAAACCGUCUUUAGAGCAAAGUUCAUUUAGCUUACAGUGGGUUUACAAUAUACUGGAAAAGAAAACCGAAUCUGACCGCAUCGUGCACGAAGAUGUUGAUCCCGAAACCGGUUUUAUUCUUUUACCAGACAUGAAAUGGGAUCGAAAAGAUUUAAAUAAUUUAUACCUGGUGGCGAUCAUAAAGAAACAUGGAGUAAAAUCAUUAAGAGAUUUGAAUCAGCAACAUCUACCUUUACUGAAAAAUAUACUAAACGCCGGAACAAAAGUUAUAAAAGAGAAAUUCAACAUUCCCGUUUCUAAGUUACGAAUUUAUAUCCAUUAUCAGCCUUCGUAUUAUCAUUUACACGUUCAUUUCACUCAUGUUAAAUUUGAUGCCCCUGGAAGUGACGUGUUCAGAGCCCACCUGCUUUCUUCAGUAAUAGAAAACAUCGAAAAUUAUUGCGAUUUUUAUGAAAACAAAACUCUGUCAUUUACUCUUCGGGAGAAUGAUAAUCUCUUUAAAAAAUACAAGGAACAAGGGUAUUUUGAUUGAUAUUGUAUUAGACCCCUAUUAUAGCAAUAAAAGAAAAGUUUUAGCAAUUA